CCCAAAGGUAAAAAAGGGAUUAGUGUAGCGGUACAUAUUCACUCGUACGUAGACUCUUUUCGUUAGUAGUGUCGUCAAGUAAUAUAAAAAGUUUGCCAAGCAUUGCCAUUAAGAAAUAAAAAAAACCGGCUUUGAUACAAAUAAAAAAAGUAUCUCUUUGAUAGUCAAAGCUGCUGCGUCAAAUGUUAAUUUCCCCGGAUAUGCUGCUCGGCUUAAUUACACCGCGCACUUUUAAAACGAGCUAAAAAUCUUGGUAUUAUAAGAAUCGAUAUAAGAGACCCUGGAGCUACGUACCGGAGUUGUACUUCAGUCAUACAACAUACAUCAUAUAUUAUAUGAUGAUGGAAAACGCGAGUGUAGUUACUAUUGAAAUGUCAUUACAUAAAAUUGUUUUUCCAAGAUUUUCGACCCUCAAAUGCACAGAUAAAAAUACAAAAUUAUCAUUCUUAUAAUAUAAAUAAUGAAAAUAAACAUCACAAAAAUGAGUACUCCGAUCGAGGAGAAGAUUGACCAGAAACUCAAGGUGAGGACGGGGAUGGUAGCAGUUAGUGAUGGCAAAAGUAAGCCGAUAUCUAUGAGAAUUUAUUUAUCUAUGGAAGUUUUGAAACUUCAAAGAGAAGACUUAGAGCAGGCAGUUAAUCACAAUAAACCGCCAUUAGAUUCAAAAGAACGUAUGAUACAAAUAACACGACAAAAAGUUGGUGGAUUAGGUCUAAGUAUAAAAGGUGGUGCUGAACAUAAAUUACCGGUAUUAAUAUCGAGAAUAUAUAAAAAUCAAGCCGCUGAACAGUGCGGGCAAUUGUACGUCGGUGAUGCAAUUAUAAAAGUAAAUGGUGAAUAUAUAACGGCAUGUAAUCAUGAUGAUGCUGUAAAUAUUUUACGUAAUGCUGGUGAUAUUGUCGUACUUACUGUAAAGCAUUAUCGUGCUGCAAAACCUUUUCUACAAAGAAAUGAAAAAGAAGAGAAAUUAGAUAAUGCAACAAAUGGUGAAGUAGAUGAAGAAUGGGAUUUACCUAAUAGAAGAUCUAUCAGUCCCAAAAGUGGUCAUAGUAGACAUGGCUCUAAUACUUCUGCUUGUUCCACAAAUUUGAAAAAGUGGAUCGACGUUAUUACCGUACCAUUAAUGAUGGCUUAUGUGACACGAUAUAUAUUUGGUACGGAUAAAUUACGUCGUAAUGCAUUUGAAGUACGUGGAUUAAAUGGUGCACGUACUGGAAUCAUCCAUUGUGACGAUAGUGCAAUAUUAAGUCAAUGGUUGAAAUAUAUAACAGACAAUAUUACUGGCUUAACAAAUUUACAGAUGAAACUUUAUAAUCGUAAUUUUGGUGUUGGUGAACGUAUUGAAUAUAUGGGAUGGGUCAAUGAAGCCGUAAGCAAUAGUAAUCAGCCUUGGCAAAGCUAUAGGCCAAGAUUUUUAGCAUUAAAGGGUCCAGAUUUAUUACUUUUCGAAACACCACCAUGCAAUAUUGGAGACUGGUCUCGAUGUGCGCUAACAUUCAAAGUCUAUCAAACAAUGUUCCGAGUGAUGCGUGAAUCGGAAAAUGUUGAUGAAAGACAGCAUUGUUUUCUAGCACAAAGUCCCGGUAAAGCACCUCGAUACUUGAGUGUUGAGACGAGACAAGAAUUAUUGAGAGUUGAGGCUGCUUGGCAUACCGCUGUUUGUUCAGCUGUAACCCAUCUUAAAUGUAAAACAUUUUUAGUAACGUAUAACGGCAGAAGUGCUGGUUUAACAUUAGAUUGGACUCAAGGAUUUUCAUUAUCUUAUGAAUGCAGCGGCGAAAUAAUAUGGAGAUUUAAAUUUUCACAAUUGCGCGGCUCUAGUGAUGACGGUAAAAGUAGACUUAAAUUGCAUUUUCAAGAGUUGGAUAGUAUUGCUAUUGAAACAAAGGAAUUAGAAUGUCCACAAUUGCAAAAUUUACUGUUUUGCAUGCAUGCAUUUCUCACUGCAAAAGUUGCGGCAGUUGAUCCAACUUUUUUGACGUCAACAACACCAUAAGCUAUAAUUUUAACAUAAUAAAUGCGGCGAUACAAUUACUAAAUAAGAUAUUGAAUUUUAAGCAUUUUAUAAUUAUUAAUUUAAUAAUUUCAUACUAGUCAUGUCCAAAAAAUUUUAAAUAAUAUUUCAGAGAUCAUUUUUUUAUUAUAGAUUGUAAAGGGAAAAAAAAUUCGUACAAAUAUGGGAUGGAUGGGAUGUAAAAAUUUUUUUUAAAUUUCAAUAAGUAACAAAAUUUUGUUACAUGGAUUUAAAUAAAUUUUAUUUUAUUUUUAAAAGUAAAUCAUGUACCUGAAGAUCGGAACGUUUUUUGCGCAACGAAAAUAAAAAAAAAUUCUACAGUAAAAAAAAUCUACUGGGUGACUAGAUUUCCGAAAUGUUUCGAAAAGGAUUAAAAAUUAUUUCAAUUCUUUUCAAUCCCACGGAGGUUUUGGAAAGUAUUGAAUGGAAUUAAAAUUUCGAUCAUUUGAAUACUUUCUAAUUCUUAAAAUGAAAUUCAAAAGUAUUAAAAAGAAUUCAAUCUUUCAUCAUUUCAAUACUUUCCAAUAUGGAAUUAUUUUGGUAUUGAGAAGGAUCUAUAAAGAUUCAAAAAAUUCAAUUCAUUUGAAUUCUUUUCAAUCCUACACUUGAUCCAAAAUAUCAGACUAUUUUGGUAUUGAGAAGGAUUUCAAAAGAUUCAAAAAUUUCAAUUCAUUUGAAUUCUUUUCAAUCCCAUACGUGACUCUAAAAUUCGAAACUUUUUUGGUAUUGAAAAGUAUUUAGAAAGAUUAAAAAUAUCAAUUCAUUUGAAUCUUUUCCAAUUUCUCGUAAGUUUAAAAAUUCUUAUAUUAUUUUGGGAUUGAAAAGUAUUAAUUUUAUGUCCAAAUGAAAACCUUGGGGUAUAGAAAGUAUUCAAAAGGAUUCAAUUCUCAUCUUUUUCAAUACUUUUCAAUGAAUAUUUUUAAUCAGGGGUCAGCCGAAAAUCUUAGGCCACCCCCACCUUCGGGAACUUCCCCUUAAGCAGUCAAAUAAAACAAAUUUUUUUCAUUUUCUUUGCGCGAAAAACGUUCCGAUUUUCAGGUACAUAGUAAAUCGUAAUAAAAAAAUUUUUAAAAUAAAAAUCAUGAUAGUGAAAAAUUUUAGAUUAUGUAUUUCAUAAAAUUUAUUGAAACUCAGUAUUAUUAUUAAUUAUUAUAUAUGACCAUGGUGGCAACUUGUCGAUAAAAAUAAAUUAGGAAAUUACGUAAUUAAAAAUAUAAAUAUUUUGUGACUACGGUACUAAAACAUACGUUAAUUAUCACUUCAUCAUCGUCUAAAAUUCGUGUAUAUUUUUAUGCUCUCAUUAUUGUCAUUUUAAAUAAUAAAUUUUGAACAAAAAAAGUAGUGAUCAUUUUCAUAAAAAAAAAAAAAACCUAAUAUUUUUAAUCUAGCGGCCUUUACAUACUUUAGUAUUUGUAGCAUUUAAUAAUAACUGUAAUUUAAUAAAUAUGAUAUUGUGUAAUUAAUUAAUACACAAGUCGUAUAAUAUUUUUUAAUUAAUUGUAGAAAGUGCCUAAUAUAGCAUCGUAAUAAUUAUUUGACAAUUUAAAUUAAUUUGUUUAUCUUGAAGUUUUACUUAAUUUAUUGUGAUUAAUUAAGCGGCAGAGGCAGCCGUUCAGCACGCGUGUGGCUCGGGUGAUUACCAAAAGUUAAUCAGCAUUGAGUAUGAUUGCUACUUGGCUGGGUGACCACUAGACCGGUUCAAAAAAAUCGACAAUUUUUUUUUUUUCAAAACCCGCAGUGAAAUAUCUUCCUAAUCAUGAAAAAAGAAGCCUGUGAAAACGGCAGCUCUUAAUAUCAAUUUUUAAAGGUCGCUCAUCGUAAAUUUCUAUUUUACGUUUAAAUAACAUGGAAAAAAUAAUUUUUUAACUUUGGAAUUUUACAACUCAUUUUGGGAAUUAACAUGUCAGGGUGAGAGAUACAUAUUUUUGAAGGAAAUUGAACGCUCUAAAUAAAUUGUCUCUUAUGUUUUUUCUCUAAGUCUACUUGUUUAAAAGUUAUUCGAGUUUACAGUUCAACAUGUAAUUAAUUUAACCUUUUUUUCUUAAAUUGUGGUAUAAUAAUAAAACUCAUCUUCGUAAAAAAUUAUUUUACAAUUUUCAAAUGGUAUAGAUAAUAGCUUUAAGUUUAACACGAUUAUUUUCAGUUUAUAAAAUUUACGAUUUUCACUUCAGCUAUCAAAACUAUGAACAAUGAAAUGAUACUAACAACAAUUAAAUAUCAAUAACCCAACAAUGACAUUUUGAUGGAAAGACGACACUUAUUCAGGAACAAUCUUUUUUUAUUUGUUGAAAUAAUAAUAUCAAAUUUUUGCACAAAAAAACCAUUUAAAUAUAGUGGAAACCUAAACAUGCAAACCUUCUCAAUAAGACAAUUUAUAGAUAAAUUGAGAAAAAUAUAGAUAGUCCGAACUGGGAAUCGAACCCAGACCAAUUCAGUAUCACGCCGAGUGCACAAAAAAGUGCACUACAUUUCCUACAAAUCACAGUUGGUCGUUUUUCCGAAAAAUUAUGUACAUACAAUUCAAAUUUUUUUUAAACUUCAAAGAGAGAAUUAAUUUCAGAUUUUUUAAAUUGAAAAGUCAUUUAUUCCUCAUAGUAGAACAAUGAAGAUCUACUUUGUCAACGACGUUAAACUUGAUAAUUUAAUAUUUUAAGACAAAUUUUUUUUUUUCAUUAAUAAUUAUAAAAUAUUUAAGAAAAAUUAAGACAAAAAGGUUAAAUUAAUUACAUGUUGAACUUUAAACUCGAAUAACUUUUAAAGGAGUAGACUUAGAGAAAAAACAUAAGAGACAAUUUAUUUAGAGCGUUCAAUUUCCUUCAAAAAUAUGUAUCUCUCACCCUGACAUGUUAAUUCCAAAAUGAGUUGUAAAAUUCCAAAGUUAAAAAAUUUUUUUUUCCAUGUUAUUUAAACGUAAAAUAGAAAUUUACAAUGAGCGACCUUUCAAAAUUGAUAUUAAGAGCUGCCGUUUUCACAGGCUUCUUUUUUCAUGAUUAGGAAGAUGUUUCACUGCGGGUUUUGAAAAAAAAAAAAUAGUCGAUUUUUUUGAACCGGUCUAGUGACCACAGCUACGCGUCGGGCUCGAACGGAGGUCUCUGAGUGUUAGGCAUGGGAUGAAAAUCUAGUGAUCAGUAAAAUGGGAAUUUUAUCGAUCACUCGAGCUUCGCCUCAGCACACAAUGAAGGCAGAAGAGAAAAGGAAGCAGUUUGCGAGAUAAAAGGCAAAAGUGUACAAGGCCAAAAAGGCUACCCAGACAGCAUUCAAGUCGGAAUGACCUGACUGCUUUACGAAGUCUUUUUGAAGGCGACCUCAAGAAGUCUUAUAAUGACUUCUUAAAGGUGUCAUUUUUGAGAACUCUUAAUCAAGAGUUCUCGAAGACUCCAUAAAAAAGACGUCAGUUUUGUGACGACUAAAUGUAUUCAUUUUUAAACUUCUUUGUGAAGUCAAAAUUAGGAGCUCCUUAAAGACGUCGUGGUAAAUUCAUACUGAAGUCUUAUUUGCGAAGUCAGAAAAAAGAACUCUUUUUAAAGUCGUCUUACCGAGUUCGCUAGGUGGCCCAUUCGACAUCUUGAGAACUUCUUAAAGACUUUUUUAAGAUGUUGAUGAGACGUUCAAAUCAUAAAUAGGAAUUCAUUCAGAACUCAUCAAGACGUCAUUUUGCUAUCUGGGUAUACAUUGUAACUUCUGAUUUAUUUAUUUCCUAUUGUGAUUAAUUCAAUUAAUUGAUUAAUAAUAUUUUUUUACUGGCACUUGAAAGGUUGUAAAAAAAAUUUUUGAUAAAGUGCUCAAAAAAAUUUUUAUUUAUUAAUAAUUAAAGUUACAGCCUUUUAUUUGUAGAGCGAUAAAUUUGAGACGUAAUAAUUUCAAUUUUAAUUAAAAAAAAAAUUUGUUUUCUAAUUUCUCUACAAAUAUACAGCUGUAGCUUUUUGAAAAAUUAUUUACUACAGAUAAAAAUUUGAUUGAAAUGAUUAAAAAAUUUCAAAUGUUAAUUAAAUGAUAAAAUAAAUAUUUCAUUAAAUAAAUUUAGUGGUAAUAAUUACACUAAAUUUAAUAGUAAGGUGUUACCAUGGUCAGGAAAUAAAAUUUAUGAAAAAUCAUCGUUCUAAAUGUUAAAUAAAUUCUUUAUUAUUUUUUAAAAAUAAAUUUAUUUAGUUUUAUUGAAAUAAUGAUUGAACUCAAAUAGAACGAUGAGUUUUGACGAGUAGUCAACUAAUAGAGAUCAAAGGAAUAAAGAUUAAUAAAUAACGUAGCUAAUAUUUAUAAAUAAUUAUUGACAUUAACUGAACAAAUAAUAAUAACAAUAAUGAAAAUAAUAUUAAUAAUAAUAAUAAUAAUAAAACGAGAAAAUGGUUGUGUGCUUGGUUGUAUCGAAUGCAAUACACAAAUACUCAGAUUUUUAAAAUAAAACACUCGAGCAAUUACAAUUCAUCAUAUUAUUAAGGGCAUUCUCAGACUUAGUGCCCCCGACUUUUUAAAAAUUUUCAAUAACUCAACUGUCAUAAGUGUACUAAAAUUUUGACAAUUAAUCGAGAAAAAAAUCAAAGCAUUAAUCGAAAAAAGGCCAAAGUAGUUGCAAUUUUGCUGGUGUAUAGAACUUUAAAAAAAUUACGGAAAGUCUACGGUUUCCGUGGCACCACCUAACGAUCGCGAAUUCUUGUAGAAUUCGACGAAAUGAGACUUUUUUUCUAAUAGCUGUAACUUUUUCAAAAAUGGACUAAUUCAGACGUUUUUUUUUUUCUAAAUUUUCGUCUUCAAAUGCACUUUUCGGAAAAAAAUACAAAAAAAUUAAAGAUAUUAAAAUCUAUGAAAUAUUUCACUUUUUUGAAAAAAUCUCAUUUUUCUCAAAAUCCAUUUUUCUCAAAAACUAAGCGAGAUAUCGAAAAAUCUAGGUCUUUAAGAAAGUCUUAUUUCGUCGUGUUCUACAAAAAUUCGCGGUCAUUUAGCGGCGCCACGGAAAUCGUAGAAUCCCGAAAAAUUACUUACAGUUGUUAUCAAUUGGGAGUUAAAUGAAAUUUUUUGAAUAACUUUUAGCCUAAAAAUUCUAAUCAUAAAAUUUACAUGAGGAUUUGACUGAAAUUGACUUUACAAAUUUCGUGUAAGUCCCAAUUGAUAUCAACUGCAAGUAAUUUCUUUAAAAUUUAUUUCUCAGCGAAAUCGUCCUUUUUUUCAAUGAAUGGUUUAAUUUUUUUCAAAGUAAGUGAUUAAAUUUUGAUAUGCGUAGGGCAGUUGAAAGUUAUUGAAAUUUUUAAAAAAGUGUGAGGAGAGUGGGGGGGGGGGGCACUGCCUGGGAAUGUCCGUAAUAAUUGAUGAUAAUUAAUACAAAGGUUUUUAAUUAUUAAUAAUUAAUAUCAAAUUUAAUAAAUUUAUUAAUUAUUAAUAUUUAUACAUAUAUAUAUAUUAUUAUACAUAUAAUGAUGAUAAAUAUCGAGUGAUUUAUCAAGGACUGCACAAUUACAUUGACUAGAUAAAUUCUACAAAAAUUAAUUAAUUAAUUAAUUAAUUAAUUAAUUAAUAUAGUAUAAUUAAGGUGCAUAAUAAAGUUUGGAAAAUUAUUAUAAUUCAAUAAUAAAUAAUAACAAUAAUGAUAUGAAAGAGGACGAUGUUCAAUUAUAAUCAAGAUCAAUUAUGAAGCCUGAUUAUUACAAAGUAAAAGUAAAUAUUAGAAACAUAUCCAGUUAUAAAUAUAUUAAAUGUCUUAUGUUUUUAUUUAUUUUGAAAAAUUAAAAAAAAAGCUUCUCUUGAUUCUUAAACACUGCAGUGGGGUCAAAACUUCCAGUUAUUUGUAUAUUGACUUUUUUAACUCAGUGUAUAAUUUAAAAAAUCUUAUCUGUCGGCUGGAGUGGAAGUAGAUCUUUUAAAAAAUUUUGAACUCCAAUAAAAUUGGUAACAAACUGUAAGAUAAAAAGGCGGGAAAAGAAUUUAAAUUUAUAUCAGCUUUCAAUUUUUUUAAAGAAAAAUUGAAAGUAAAUUAACUCUUUGUAGACUUGAAGUGAAUGAUAAAAAAUUUUUGAUUUCUUGUGAGAAUGUUCUAAAAAAAAUUUUACAUUCAAGUCAAAAUAUCAAUUAUUUAAAUUUUUUAAUUUUGCGUUCUGAGAAAGUUUAAUAUUUUUAUUUAAAUUUCAGUAUUAAGUACAACAAAUGAUUAGUCAAUACUUGCAAUUAUAUUAAAGUUACGUAGCACAUAAUAAAUAUCCAGUAAAAUUGAGAUCCAAAACGUAGCGUUUAAGAAUCAAAUGAUAAAUAAACAAAAGUUAUUAAUUAUUUGCAAAAAGAUUUGAAAAAACGAAGCUUGAUUUUUUAAGCUUGGGCAAUAAAUUGUGCUAGAGCUAUUGCGAAUAAAUCAACAAUAAAAUGAAAAUAAUUAUAUAAAGAAAAAGAAAAAGAAAAAAUUAGUAGGAUAUUUAGUACUGCCGAGGUCGUAUAAUUGUAAUGUUGCUUAUAUUCAAGUUAAAAAGAUUAUAUUCGCACGAUCUUAUAUUUACAAAUAUAGUUUAUCUGUUAUAAUGUCUAUCCCCUUAUUGACAAUAUGUUUUAAAAAAAUAUAUUAUAUUAUUGUUAGCAAGUUAUUGACUUUUAUCAUUAUUCAAAUUUUACCU